UUUGUGCUGCGACGAAGAGUACAGACUGGUGCGACACCUGAUGACGCGCUAUGACGCCUCUGUGAGGCCCGUGGAGAACUCCUCACAACCUCUCCUCGUCACCUUCGGAGUGUCACUGCAUCAUAUCAUCGAUGUGGAAGAAAAAGACCAGCUCCUAACCACCAACUGCUGGAUCACGCAAAUUUGGACAGACUACCAUCUCAGAUGGAACACCAGUGACUUCGACGGCAUCGGCGUCAUCAGAAUACCGUAUGAACGGGUCUGGAGACCCGACAUCAUACUCUAUAAUAAUGCGGAUCCAAACUACCGGUCAGCAGUCAUCAACACCAACGUGAUAGUGAAGCACACAGGAGAGGUGACGUGGCUCAGUCACGGGAUCUACGUGUCGGUAUGCGACAUCAAUGUGGAGCAGUUCCCGUUUGAUGUCCAGCUGUGCACCAUGAAGUGGGCUUCUUGGACUUAUGAUGGGUUUCAGUUGGACCUAAAAAAACAAUUCGACGAAGGUGACACAACGAAUUACCAGACGAACGGCGAGUUUGACCUGGUGAGCUUCGAAGCUAUUCGUCACGACCAGUACUACUCGUGCUGUGUGGAGCCCUAUCCUGACAUCACGUACAUCAUCAAGCUACGGAGAAGACCUAUGUUUUAUGUCUUCAACCUUAUUCUUCCUUGUCUACUUAUUAAUGGGAUUGCUCUGCUCGUGUUCUACGUGCCGUCGGAAUCAGGUGAAAAGGUGACCCUGGGCAUAAGUGCACUUCUGUCUAUGACCGUCUUCUUGAUGACUAUAAGAGACACAUUGCCGCCGACGGAGAAAACGCCUCUUAUUAGUUUAUAUUAUGGAGUAAGCACAUGCCUGGUAUCGUUCUCAGCGUCACUCUCAGUCGUCACGCUCAACAUAUCUUACAGAGGAGUGAGAGGGCAGCCGGUGCCGGCGGUGCUGCGCGAGCUGGUGCUGCAGCGGCUCGCGCGCCUGCUCUUCAUCAACCUUGACACUGACGCACCCAAGGGUGACAGCGGCACGGUGACAUCGGGUGGGGUGCAAGUAAACCCCCGAACGGGGUCCCGGCUCAAGGCGGAGGUGCGUUGCGACGGGGUCCCUCUAGCCCCCGCUUCACCGCGCUUCGCAAGGCACAAUCACAACCAUCUAGUAGGUGCACCAACAACAAACAUGGCGGUACCAGGGACGGGUGGCACUACGACAACGCCAGACGCUUGCGCAAACACGUGCCCGCGAUGCUCGUGCUGUGGCUGCACGCUGCGCGAAGCCGCGGCGCGUCACGAGCAGCGAGUGGCUGCUAAUGAGAGAUUGGAGCGAGCUAAUUUGGAGUGGAAACAGGUGGCUGUAGUCGCUGACCGAGCACUCUUGGCUGUGUUCGUGCUUGUCACCGCUAUUUCCACAGCGGCCAUCUUGUUGCCUCAACUAAACAACCUUCACGUCGGCAACACGCCUCUCAAACCCCCCAUUUAGAGGCACAGCAACAAAGUAGGGUUACUAAAAAAAAAAUCUUCCGCCAACGAAUGUGUUAAAUGAAAAUACGUGCCAAACUCAAACAGUGCCGCACUUUUUAGAUGAUACUCAUAAAAUAAAUAAAUUAUUUCUGUAAAAAAAUAUUCAUAAUAAAUAAGUUUUUAUCACACCUGCAAAGAUACUCAAGAUAUUGAUAAAAUAGUAUAAGUAGAUGUUUAAUUUGUAUUCAUAUACUUGUGUGAUACUUGUUGGAAAUGUGUAGUGAAUUCUAAAAUAAAUAAUUAAUACAUUAAGACAGAGUUUGGGAUGUAAAAGUUUGAAGAACGGCGAGGUAGACGGAUGAGCUGUAAGUUACUACUGCGAAGUUUGAACUUUAAAUGAGCCGAGUUUUUUUGCAACGACGGACUUCAGAUACAGAGCUAUUUUCGCCCGGAUUUUAUGUUCUUUAGAUACCGAUAUUAACUAGCAGUUGCAUGGAUUACCGUUCUAAAGAAAAAAAAAGUUCAAACUUCGAGUAGUCGUGAAAGAAUUUACUCGUGUCAAUAAAAUAGUUCAUAAAGUAUUAGAAGUUACUUAGGUUUAAGGACAUUUUAUAAUGGAGUAGGACAGGCAUUUGAUUGUGUCGAUUGCGUGUUCAGUUAUGGAAUUUAAAUGUACCUUUUCUCAUAGUUUUGGUAUAACAUUGAUACGCAAUUUAUUUUUGUUUUUCAUAGCUAGCAUAGUGUGUAAAUAGUGUGUGUUUCAGGCAUUAUUUGACUCAGCGAUAUUUAAACAUGGUACAAACAAAAACUAGACGCUACCAUUCAUUUUUUCUUCCAAGGAUUUCAUAGAGAAAAUGAUGGGAAUAUGUGUGCCAAAUGUUUGUUAUGUAAUGUCAAUUAUGAUGUUAAAAUGCAGCGUCGUAUCAUAAUUAUAUUUAAGGUAUAAUGAAAUAAAAUGUUCGUUAAAAUAAGAUGAUCUCAUGUGAAACAUGUAGGCAGAUUUUGUAUAAAUUGAUUGUUAAAUGUAUGAAUGUAUACAUAAUAUAUGUACUUAGGAUUCUAUUCAUACAUCAUCAGGCGCUGUUGAAUGUCUUUAGCUGAGGAUUCAUUUAUUGCUAAUACCAUAUCAGCUUCUGAAUCAAUUUGAGAUCUUUAUCCUAAAGACGUGUAUUCAGCUAACCUAACCAUGUAUAUGUUAACGAAAAAAUAUAUAUAUUCUAUCACUCUAUUGCAAAAAUGUAACGUAAAAAUAACUUUAACAUAAAUAACAUUUUCUCACCUACGCAUCACUGGUCGUAGAUUGAUAGAUCUGGAAAACUCAUAACAAAUUCAGACAUUUCUUUCUUUCUACAAAGUAAGUAAUAAAACUACAUUUCUUAAUAUCUUCUUUAAUACUUUUAGCCUACGUAUGAAUAAAGUGUAUGUUAUAAAUAAAAUAAAAUAAGCUCAAGGUUGUUGGAAAUGAGUUAAACGUUGUAAAUAUUAUAGCGAAGGCAAGUUGUUAAUUAUUAAGCAUAUUGAUAUAUUGUACAAAAAUUAAGAAUAAAGUUUGCCAAAGUGA